AUGCAUUCAACUGCAGUUGGUGCGGAAUUACCACUGUUUCCGAUGAUGAAGAUAGAUUUGAGUAGGAGGGACAAACGUAACUACAGAUUCCACGAGUUGAAGAAUGGCCUGCGCCUUCUACUUGUAUCAGACUCUGCUAAUGGUUUGAAACAGGAUGAUUCCCUGAACCCAGUCUCACUUCCGACCAUGCUGCUUGCGGAGUACAACGGUUACUCGGGGACUAAUUUUGGGGAAAAUGCCAAGGAUUGCAAAAUUAAAACCGGGUCCUAUGUCACAUACGAAUACUCAUGCUUCUUCUUUGAACUCGAACCGGAUCGGAUACAGGCCUGUCUGGAAUUAUUUGCGAAAACGCUGACCAAGCCACUGUUACCAGAGAAGCUGAUCGAAGCACAAAUUGAUGAGAUAGAUAAUGACUACAGGAAAUGCAAGCUUCGUGAAUACGCAAUGCUGCAACAGUUCGUCUGUCAUUUGUCCACUGAAGAUUCACCGUUCAACAGAUUUCAUAAAGAUACAUUGAAUGAACUGGAAUCCUUGACACUAGAGUUGUUCGGAAAAUUCCCUCAUCGGUAA